AUGGCGCGCUUGCGCAAACCGAGCCCGAAUGAACCUACCAUCUUGGUGCCGUUGACGACGGAGCCGAGAGCGACGCGAACGAGUCCCCGGAAAACAACCCGCGAAUUUCGAUAUACAUCUUCCUCGGAAGAAGAAGAUGAGAGUUUAGUGCUUGUUCCGAAAAGCUCACGGCGCGAUUUGCGAUACACCCACUCGUCCUCACAAGAUACCCAAGAGUCGUUUCUGGUCUCCAAGCCCACUGCAACAGCGAAUGCGCUCAGCCCGCGCAAGCAACGUGUAUUACGACCGGUCAAGAGCAACAGCCGUCUACUCGCAAGAUUGAGCGAUGCGAGCAUAGCAAGUCCGCAGAAGGAGCAACGCGCAAGGAGGGUACGCAGUGGGACAACGGAUACCGAUGUUGGGAAGAGACAUCGACUGAUGUAUGCGAAGAGCCUGGCCAAGAGUCUGGCGAACAGGCAGGACAAGAAAGGAAGAAUUGAUGUUGUUGGAGAAGCCGAGGCACUGGAGGCUGCCCAGAGACCGAGGAGUAAGGACAGCGAGAGGAAGGAGAAGGUGCCGGAUACUGAGGCGGAGGAAGAGGCGGAGACGAGCCUGUUGUGUAGAGAUGAUGACAAUGGCGUGCAGGAGACUGAAGAGGCCCAGGUGGCAGAUAUCAGCAAUGGAGACGAAAACGAAGACGGAGAUGACGAGUCCAUCGUAAUUGUCAGGAACAGGCGGCAUCAACCACGGUCUCGGCGCCUAGUAUCUGACAGCGAAGAGGAUGAAAGCGAAGGCUCAGUGAAGAAGGUGUGUAAUCACAUUCAUCAACUUUCUUUCAAGAUUCCCGAACGCAAAGUAGAACAGCCACGCGUGGAAAAGGAAGGGCAAUCUCUCACGUCCCUUCGACCACCACACAGAAAAGGCCACGGCACAAUCUCAAGCUGGGCACAAGAAGUCAUCGAUCUAACAAGUUCGCCUGAAGCGCCAACGUCUGUCAUACUCCCGCCACCAACCCACGUCCGGACGGCAUCCUUAGCAUCUUCGCGUCCAACAAGCGCGGCGAUAGACGGCCCUAUAGCAAUCCUCACAUACUCCCCAACACCCACCAAACUUCGCUCUCCUCGCAAAGCGCCGCCAAUUUCUCGCCCCUCCACACCGCCUCUUCCGCCUCCAAGUCCGUCUAAACUCGUCAGUCCGUCUAAAAAGCGACCGACUGUUCCAAAAGCGACUCAUUUAGAUGGGAGGCCAAGCUUAGAUGCGUUCUGGAACCCGGAAGUAGUAAAUAUGUGGAAUGAGACACAUUCACCGAACAAGCUCUUGGUGAGCCCGAAGAAGCAGAAAUGGAGAGAGGAUAUUGUUAAGAUGAUGGAAGGUGUCGCACUAGAAGACAGCAGCGACGAAGACAAGGGGUACGAGAGUCCCACGACAAGUCCUCGAAAGAAGAACCCUGCGCCUGCACCUCGAAGUCCCACCAAAAAGAAGACAAACAUUAAGGAUGGUGACGCAGAGUUGAGUGUAAAAGACAUCCGCGCCCAACGCAAAGACUUUGCAACACGCAAACACGCCAUGGCCGAAGCAUUCCUCGUCGACCUAGACGCAACCAUAUCACAAGGCCGCAUCGCAACACUCUCCCAAGCCACAGGCGGCAUCAAGCUCGUGUGGUCCAAAACCCUCAAAACGACCGCCGGCCGCGCAAACUGGCGCAGAGAACAAAUCCGCACCCGCACGGGUCCCCUUCCAACAGACACACGCAUCGACAUCCGCCACCACUGCUCCAUCGAGCUCGCGGAGAAGGUCAUCGACGACGAGGAACGCCUUUACAAUGUCCUCGCCCACGAGUUCUGCCACCUAACCACCUUCAUGAUCAGCGAUGUGCGCAACAACCCCCACGGCGCCGAAUUCAAGGCCUGGGGCGCGAAAGCGACUGCGGCUUUUACCCACAAGGGCGUUCAGGUCACCACGAAGCACUCGUAUCAGAUCGAAUACAAGUACAUCUGGGAAUGCGUCGUGUGCGGCUACGAAUUCAAACGGCAUUCCAAAUCCGUGGAUCCGGUCAAGCAUUCUUGUGGAAAGUGCAAGGGGAGGUUGGCGCAGACGAAGCCUACCCCAAGAGCGAGCGGGAAUAGUGCCGCUGUUGGGAAGGACGGGAAGAAGGAGAAGAGCGCGUAUCAGGUCUUUGUCAAGGAGAACUUCUCUCGCGUUAAGAAGCGGUUGGAGCAAGAUGGGAAAGACGCACGGAUGGGCAAGGUGAUGGAGGCCGUGGCGAGGGAAUAUAGAGAGGUGAAGGCUGAAAAGGAAAAGACAACAAAGGCAGAGGUUGGUGUGUUAGGGGACGCGCUCGAGGGACUGAAGAUAUGA